AUGCUCGAUCUCUUCGUGGUGACAUUCCCCUCUGUAGUCGCGUUUGAGCGGCUUGUUCGUGCGCUCCCCCACCUCUCCUCCCUCAAAUGGGUUACAUUUGCGUCCAUAUUGUUCGGUAUCAACAGCCUUCAAGUUCUUGUAUAUCGUGGGAAGAGUAAAUCGGACACAGUCCUUUUAAAGAGUUUAAUCGGUUUUCUAUGGAUCCUGGACUUUGUCGAUCUGGUUCUUCUUGCACAAAUCAUCUAUCAGCGUACUAUCACUGCACAUGCGAUUUUAGAGGUGGCCAAACAGCCUGCAUGGAACAUGACUGUGAAUUCACCUCUGAAUGCACACUUCCUGCUUGCCUCUUUGAUCGAGGGGAUCGCUUUUAUGUUGGAGAAUAUGGAUUUCGGAAGAAAUAAAUUUAUGGUUUCCGCAGUGGUUUUUAGUUCUAUCAGCGCUUUUGGUAUGGCAGACCCAUUAUUCUCAUGUAUCCGCUCACAUAAUCGACACCUACUCGUGGAGGGAUCUCCGUCUGGGGGUUCCUCACUCCCGACAACUUGUUUCGGUUUACAGAUACCUCCGUGA